AUGCCUCGCAAUAAGGUGUCAAAUGAUCUUGAUCACGUGAAAAAGGAUCCAAAGCCUACGACAGUCCCAAAAGGACGUCCCCCACAGCCAUGGUCAAAGAUCAGGAAGCCACUAUUGGAAUUAUCUAUUAACACCGUCAGAAUACCAGAAAAGGGCCAAAAAAAACGGCCCCAGCAGACCUCAAGAGCCUUGAAGGACAUGCAUACUAAAUCACAACUGUCCGUGAUCCUUAGCAUCAACUUCUGGUACACUCUUCGUCCUCCUCAGACGGGAAGCGACAAAGUCAGCUGCUCCCUCGAAGCUACAUCGAGACAACUCACUGGAAUUGUUGACACAAGUAAAUGUGAUCUUGCACAGUUCCUUUAUGUUGCUACCGCAGAUUUUUGGAAUCCACCUGACAUUCUAUCCAUCAAAUUCAUCAAAGCACUUACGCUCACAAUGUCAUGGGAUGAUGGUACCGGGAAGAUGCUUGGAGUGCCUGUCGAUCUCUCCUAUGAUCUAGCAAGCGGACCAUUCAGGGUAUUCGGGAUCGAUGUGAAGGAAGCAUAUAGGAUGGCGCAAAAACUCUACAAGCUCCUUAAGGAUGUCAAAGAACUGUCCGAAGUCGUCGAAGAAAUCGCCGGCGUCAUGGCCGAGCUUGCUGAGCUCGCUGGUGUUGCCGAAAUUGCUGGCGACAUCUGUGCUGCGCUCACGGCUCUUGGAGCAGCCAAGUCUAUUGUGCGAGCUGCACUAGACAAGAUAUUUGGCAAAGAUGAUAAUCAUUUUCUGGGGGAUCCUCGACUGCCCAAGACGCUGAGAUUAAGCAUCAGUCUGCCUGAUGGAACGUGGCAGAACGUGGUACUUGGUUGGUCUGAUAUCUCAAACGGUGUGCAGACUUCUUUCCCAAGGCCUUCUCUAGAGGGUCACAUGGUACUUAAGUAUUUCGGAGUGGUCCCACCGAUUGAAUGCGAUUUUCAGAACGUGAUCCAAGCUCAGCCCAGUGGUUUUUCCCUAGCAAAUACAGACGUUGCGUACCCUCAAGAAAUCGGAUGCCUCGACCUCACGCUCACACCCCAAGAUCAGUAUGGGCAGCCAAGGCUCGGCAUGGGCGCUACGCCUCCUUUGAGCCUCACUUUCGUGAACCAAGGCUCUGGUCUCGCUCCAUCCUACGAUGCUAGCAAAGGCUUUAGCAUACGCAACGACUGUCUUUCGCUGCCGUUCGCGUUAAGAGGAGCUGGAACGUAUGUAUUGACUAUCCGGGAUCAAUCUGAUGCACAAAGCCAGCCCGGAAUGUUCGUCAUUAUCGCUUCUAAUAGGCUUUCCCCAGACUUGUGUUUUCCUUACGGGGAAGGCCUAUGCUCCGGAAUCGCUAGCCAAAAAGUCCCCCUCUAUGUCAAGUUGAGAGACCAAGACGGCAAUCCAUACACUCCAGUGCCGAAUGAGAAUCCAGACAUUACGGUUACUUUGUCUUUGCCAGAUCUUGCUGUGCCGGAUAUUAGUAUCCAGUUCUCGAUUUCAGCAGACCUCUCGACAGCAUUCUACCUUCAACCUGCCGCAGGCACCUACCAGAUUCUGAUUAACAUCAACGAUAUUUCUAUCUGGAGUAUGAACCAGGCGCAUGUGCAGCCCAUUAGAACAAUGGCACAAGGUGAUCAGCUUCAGGGGCCUGCUAUCCCCAGGCUUCACUAUGAUUCUUCCACCAAGGCGGUGAACUUCGCCAGCAAGAAUUCACGAUAUGUAAAGCUUACCGCUAUAACACAAGCUGGCAAUCGCGGUCCGUGCUCGAGCGCUGCAGAUAUCGAAAUUUCUUACACGCAAGGAUCAGGUGCCGACGUCGUUUUCUCCGAGCCUUGGGCUUCUAAGUACGUCCUCACUUUGAACAUCUCUGGCACCCUAGAUAGCCAUGGCUUGAUCAUCGACGACACUCACCAGAGCCAAUCCGACUGCUCCAUCUACCAGAGUCCCAUCCCGGAGUACGGCUGCAGCGUCGCCGUAUACUUCCUCUCAGCCUCCAAAGCUUACGACUUCUUUGUCCCCAAACCUGGGGAACCGCCUACUAUCAGCCAUUGGCUUCCAAGGGCCGUAUUGGAAUCCAAGUAA